ACAUUGGUCGCUGUUUUUUUUUUUCUUUUUUUGGUUAAGUUUUAUUGAAGUUGCUGUGGUAUUAUCAAGAUUACAAUUUCAAUGAAUGUUGGUGGAUGGGGCAAUGUAGUACUUGCAUAUAAGGCUCUAGGAGUUGUAUUCGGUGGGCUUGUAAUAUCUCCUUUACACGUGUAUCCAUCAAUGCCUUUGAAAUCUCCAAGUGAAGAGAAAUACUUGGGAAUCUUUAGCAUCAUGUUUUGGACUCUUACUCUCAUUGGGGUUGUGAAGUAUUGUUGCAUAGCUCUUAAAGCAGAUGAUCAAGGAGAAGGUGGAACAUUUGCAUUGUAUUCAUUGCUUUGUAAGAAUAUGAACAUUGGAAUCCUUUCUUCUAACUGUGCUAAUUCAAACUCAAUCUUGGCUGAAAACACCGAAAGGAAAAGUAGGCUUGUCAAAUUUUUUGAGAAAAGUAUAGUUGCCAGGAGAGGGUUGCUUUUUGUUGCUAUUUUAGGAAUGUGCAUGCAAAUUGGCGAUGGCAUCCUUACCCCUGCAAUCUCAGUUUUGUCAGCAAUGAAUGGGGUAAAGGAACGCUUUGAUUCUGUCAGUAAAUCUCUGGUGGAGGCCCUUUCUGCAGUAGUUCUUGUUAUUCUCUUCCUGCUACAGAAAUAUGGCACUUCUCGAGUGAGUUUUAUGUUUUCUCCCAUCGUGGCUGCAUGGACUUUGAGCGCUCCAAUUGUUGGGAUUUAUAGCAUUGUACAUCAUUACCCCAGUGUAUUCAAGGCACUCUCACUUCGUUACGUCUUUGAUUUCUUUUCCAAAAAUGGAAAAGAAGGGUGGCUGCUGCUUGGUGGUACCGUCCUCAGCAUCACUGGUUCUGAAGCAAUGUUUGCAGAUCUAGGUCAUUUUAACAAAAGUUCCAUUCAGAUGGCUUUCUUCUUUACAAUAUAUCCAUCUCUGGUUUUAACAUAUGCUGGGCAAACAGCAUAUUUGAUUAAGAACCCUGAUGAUUUCAAGGAUGGAAUUUACAAAUUUAUACCAAACGCUGUUUACUGGCCAAUCUUCAUCAUAGCCACACUGGCUGCAAUUGUUGCCAGCCAAUCCGUGAUAUCUGCAACUUUUUCUGUUAUAAAGCAAUCUGUUGUGCUGGAUUAUUUUCCUCGAGUGAAGGUGGUGCAUACGUCUCCCAACAAUGAAGGAGAAGUUUACUCUCCAGAAGUGAAUUACAUCCUUAUGAUUCUUUGUGUUGCUGUGAUACACAUAUUUGGGGAAGGAAAUAUUGCAAACGCUUUUGAACGCAAACCUCGAGCUGCAGAAUUGUCAGGAAAGCCGGCUUACCUUUCUAGAGCCGACUUUGUAGAGCCGACUUACACUUUCAGAGCCGGCUAUCCGAGUUUGCAGCACAUUCUGUUUUUCUCGAGAACCGGCUGCAAGACUUUGAGUCGGCUUUGAAACUUCGACUUUAAAUACAUCAAAUAUUCUUCA